AUAUAUCAAAAUUGCUACACAUUCAACACUUGUUUAUUUUAGGUUACAAUGGCUACGAUUGAGAGUGGCGCGUGCUACCUACCCCUAGCUUUGGUAGACAAAUGCCUAGGGACGAAGGUUUGGAUUAUUAUGAAGGGUGAAAAAGAGAUUACCGGUGUCUUACGCGGAUUCGACGACUACAUGAAUGUGGUGUUAGAUGAUGUUACUGAAUACACAUUCAAGCCAACAGGUGUUGAAACCACUGAGCUGAAGGAUGCCUUAGUGAACGGCACAAAUAUCGCAAUGAUUGUUCCAGGUGACAAAACAGCAUGAUAAACUGUUUUUAUUCAUUCAGGGAACUUAUUGGAUGAGAAGGUGGUAUAUUUACCACACUGUCGACGUCAUUUGAUAAACCCAUUCAACCUAAUGUCAAUGUAAUCGC